GCCAGGAGCAGCGGCUGUUGCCCUUUUUGGGGUGGCUCCCCUUUUUCUGUCGGUCUGGGCGGCGCCUGUGUGGGAAGAUGGUUUGUGGGGGCUUCGCUUGCUCCCGCAAUGCGCUCUGCGCCCUCAAUGUCGUUUAUGUGCUGGUCGGGCUCCUGCUGAUUGGCGUGGCUGCCUGGGGGAAAGGCUUCGGCAUUGUCUCCAGCAUCCACAUCAUUGGAGGGGUCCGUGCUGUGGGGUUCUUCCUGCUUCUCAUCGCCAUCGUGGGGCUCAUCGGCGCGGUCAACCAUCACCAAGUCAUGCUCUUCUUUUACAUGAUCAUUUUAGGGCUAGUCUUUCUUUUCCAGUUUGGCGUCUCCUGUUCAUGUCUGGCUCUCAGCAAAAGGAAAGAGGAAAGUCUCUUGAGCAGUGCCUGGGGAAUGCUGGACAACGAGACCAGGAGCACGUGGGAAAAAAGUUUGAACUGCUGCGGCUUCUCUAACAAAUCUACCCCAAAAGACAACUGCAAUGCGGCAUGUUGGAAUUCAUCUUCUGUGUGUGUCACGUGUGUUACAAAGAUGAUGGAGCACGCAGACGAGGCCUUAAAAAUCCUUGGAGGAGUCAGGCUCUUUUUCAGUUUCACAGAGAUUCUUGGAGUGUGGCUUGCGAUGCGCUACAGGAACCAGAAAGAUCCCAGAGCGAACCCCAGUGCCUUUUUAUAGAACCUCCCCUUCCUUCCCUCGUCGUUAUCGACAU